UUGGCAAUUUGGUAUUGAAGGGAGACUUGGAGAGGAAGGCGGUGUUUCCUCACUCUUUAAAUCCUCCGCUCUCUGCUCACAUUAUACAUACAAAGUAUAAUCCUGUAUUCCUGUCCUCUACCUGAUUCUGAGAUUUACAAGAUUAUUGGGGCGUGGUUUUUUCUUCUUCAGACAGAGACUUCUAAGUUCUAACCCAUUAUCCAUUAUCCAGACCUACUCUUCUAGAUUAUGUCUAUAAUAAGACCCAUCAUCUAUUACGACCUCAGCAGCCUCCGUCGUGGAUCCUGGGUUUCUGUUCCCAACCCAAAUCGACUUCUGUUCAGCUCAACCUCCAAAUAUGGGAAUAAUUUCCUCGCAAAUCGGGGCUUGUUGUCACUCGGCAUCCUCAGCUUCAGCGGCAGAGUACUCAAUAAAACCAACACCAAGAUGGACGUGACCGUCUACAGCAGUGUUCAACCCGGUGGAUCGCCUUCCAACUCAUGGAGAAACUGGAUUUUCGGAAUGCUGAUAUCGAUCAUUCUACCCUUUUGGAGGAACAAAUGGGCACCAUUACUAACGCUGAAAAGGGAGGUGGAUACUGUGGUAGAGACCAUUGAAAAUGUGGUGAAUGUGGUAGAGGUUGUGGCGGAGGAAGUCGAAAAUGUAGCUGAUGAGAUUGCCAAAAAGCUUCCAGAAGGUGGAAAGCUCAAGGAAGCUGUUUGUGCUGUUGAACACAUAGCUAAAGAAGCAGCCAAGGAUGCACACUUAGCUGAGGAAUUCUUGGAAAAGGUAGAGGAAGUGGAGAAAGAUGUGGAGGCACUCAUUGAACCGAUCCUGGCUCAAUCAAGUAGCAGAGAAGACGAUGAACAAAAAUAGAAAAAAGGAUGUUAUUAUUGCCUACAAUAAAGGAAUAUCAAGAGGCAAGAGCCCCAUCUACUUGUAUAAAGAUCAUCAUACAAAAAUGUUGAAUUCAUU